GUGACGCUCGGUUUGUAGAUCGAUUAUCAGACAGACACACAUGUCCGGUAUGUCUUUCUGCAAUGAGAGAGCCAAUGAUGACUAGAUGUGGUCAUUUGUUUUGUAACGACUGUGUGAGGCCCUUGACAAGGCGUGGCCGCAUUGUGUGUCCUUUGUGUAGAGAGGAACAGAAUGAAUCAGAAAUCUUCUCAAGCAACUAUGAUAAAAGAGAAAUAAUGAGUCUGAAGAUCUACUGUGAUCAACAAGAGAAGGGAUGCAAGUGGAAAGGAGAACUAAGGAAAAGAGAAAGACACAACGAGACUUGUGGGUAUGCUGAUGUUCUAUGCGAAAAUGAAUGUGGAGAAAUGGUGAAGAGAAAGCGUAUGGGCUAUCAUCUGAAAAGAGUGUGCAUGAACAGGCAAGUCGAUUGUGGCUACUGUAACACCACAGUGACAUUCAAAUUUCGGAAUGAUCACCAUGGAAAAUGUGAGAUGUUUAGACUCGCAUGUGAAUAUUGUGGACAAGGAGUGGUGAGAAGAGAGAUGAAUGAACAUGUCAGUAAGGAUGGGACAUGCCCUAACAGUCCAUUAGAAUGUGAAUUUAAUGAAGCAGGUUGCCAGUUUAUUGGCAAUAGAAAUGAAAUGACAAUUCAUGUACAAAGAGUGAUGUUACAUCUCAUCUUAGUCUUUUGAUGAAACAACAAUCCAAUACCAAGUCAUCACUCUCAGCCACUGAGUCAUCACUUGCAACCACCAAGUUUUUACUUUCAUCCACAAGAGUUUGUCUUGCUAAAAAGGAAUGUGAACUUGAGAAUUUACAAUCAUUUGUUACAGAGAAGGUUGGAAUGCCCGUUUCUCAACCUGACAUUUGUGUGUUCGAGUGGAAUAUAACCAAUUGGUCAAACUGGAAGAUGAAAUCAGAAGUGGAUCCAUUUAUUACCGUACUGUCAGAGCCAUUUUACACUAAACCAAAAGGGUACCUUUUGCGUCUCAUGCUUCAUCCAGCUGGAAAUUGUUCAUCUAUAGGGCCAUGUUUCUUGCUUUGUUUUGGUGUAUGCACGAGAGUAUGAUUAUGAUGAUGAGCUUCCCAAGCGCCAGCACUGCAAGUUCUCAUUCACUCUAAUAGACCAACAACCUGAUGCAAUGAAUGUUGUUGUAAGACAGGAGAACACACGCGAUCUUAUCCCUAGUCAAGAUACUGUAAUGACAGUGAGAAAACGGGAAAAUAAAGUCCAAUAUAUCCCUUACACGAUAUUAGAAAUCAUCCCUGACUUUAUAACUUAUGAAAUAUUGAAUUCACGAUCUUACAUUCGGAAUAACGAAAUUUUUAUUCAGUUUUGUCUUCAACUCAACUUGCCCUAACGUCAAUGUGAGCAAGACUUGCAAUUAUCAAAGUGUGCUGAAGUGAACACGAAUUUAUUUGUGCUGUGAUGGUUGGUGGUUUGUAAUGUAUUGUUUUAGAUCAAAGUGAAUGUGUGUGAGACCUGUUUUGUGAACAGUGUAUUUUGCCAUACCCCUGCUAUUAUGUUUGUCUAGCUGAGACAUUGAGUGAGUUUCAGUAGUUAUGGUUUGUAGAUAUAAAUAUUUUGCUGUGCACUGAUACUAGCAGGAAAUUCUGAACACAAUACUU